AGCAUGAGCCUUUUCAACCUGGAUCGGUUCCGCUUCGAGAAGAGGACGAAGGUGGACGAAGCCCCCGCCGCUGCCCCGCAGCCCAGCCUGCCUGGCCCUUCGUCUCCCAUCUCUCUGAUCGCUGAGGAAGAAGAGAACGCCGCAGGGGAUGCCAGCGGGCCGGGCUCCCCGGAUUCGGAUGUCACGGAGAAAACAGAAGAUUCUAGUGUUCCAGAAACUCCAGAAAAUGAAAGAAAAGCAAGUAUAUCAUAUUUCAAGAGUCAAAAAGGAAUACAGUAUAUUGAUUUAUCUUCUGAUAGUGAAGAUAUUGUGUCUCCAAAUUGUUCCAAUACAGUUGAAAAGAAAAAUCUCAACAAAGACACAGUAAUUAUAGUUUCAGAACCAUCUGAAGAUGAAGAGCCCCCUCCUGCUGUGGCAGGUAGAAGAAAUAGCUCAGAUUUGGAAGACCUUGCAGAAUUGGAAGAUAUCAAAGAUGCUAAACUACAGACCUUAAAGGAGCUUUUUCCACAAAGGAGUGAUACUGAUUUACUUAAGUUGAUUGAAUCAACAAGCACCAUUGAUGGAGCUAUUGCUGCUGCCUUGCUGAUGUUUGGUGAUGCAGAAGGCGGUGGACCCAGGAAAAGAAAACUAUCUUCUUCUUCAGAGACAUAUGAAGAAGAUGAAUAUAAUGAUGAACAAUCUAUAAAAAAGAAAAAAUUGGACUAUGGAGACGAAUCCAGUGAGUCUGCAGAGUCUAGUAGUAACUGGGAAAAGCAGGAAAGUAUUGUAUUGAAAUUGCAAAAGGAAUUUCCCCAUUUAGAUAAAAAGGAACUAAGAGACGUACUCAAGGAACAUGAAUGGAUGUACACAGAAGCUUUAGAAUCUUUAAAAGUGUUCGCAGAAGAUCAAGAUCCACAGUAUUCACGGAAAGAGUUUCCAAAUGGAAAAGGAGUAUCUUCAAAAAGUGAAAAUUUCCCUAAAAAUGCACCUAAGAAACUGAAACAGAAGUGUUCUAUGAAGCCACAGAAUGGCUUUAAUAAGAAACGUAGGAAAAAUAUAAUUAAUCAUAAGAAAGUUAAUGAAGACUCUGAAUAUGAGUCAGGUUCCGAUGUCGGCAGUUCACUAGAUGGGGACUACAGUAGUAGUGAGGAGGUGAUGGAAGAUGGCUAUAAAGGCAAAAUCCUACACUUCCUUCAAGAUGCAUCGAUGGGUGAGCUUACUCUGAUUCCUCAGUGUUCUCAGAAAAAAGCUCAGAAGAUAACAGAACUCCGGCCCUUUAAUAGUUGGGAAGCCCUGUUCACAAAGAUGUCUAAGACGAAUGGCUUAUCAGAAGACUUGAUAUGGCACUGUAAAACACUGAUCCAAGAAAGGGAUGUGGUUAUAAGACUUAUGAAUAAAUGUGAAGACAUUUCAAAUAAAUUGACAAAACAAGUUACCAUGCUUACUGGAAAUGGAGGUGGAUGGAACAUAGAACAACCUUCCAUUCUUAAUCAAAGUCUGUCACUCAAACCCUACCAGAAGGUUGGUUUAAACUGGUUGGCACUGGUACAUAAGCAUGGACUUAACGGCAUUUUGGCAGAUGAAAUGGGCCUAGGAAAAACUAUACAAGCUAUUGCAUUCUUGGCAUACCUGUAUCAAGAGGGGAAUAAAGGUCCUCAUUUGAUUGUUGUUCCAGCCUCAACUAUAGAUAACUGGUUACGUGAAGUUAAUUUAUGGUGCCCCACUUUAAAGGUGCUCUGUUACUAUGGUUCUCAAGAAGAACGUAAGCAAAUUAGAUAUAACAUACAUAGUAAAUAUGAAGAGUACAAUGUGAUUGUGACCACGUAUAAUUGUGCAAUCAGCAGUUCCGAUGACCGCAGUCUGUUUCGACGGCUAAAACUUAAUUAUGCAAUAUUUGAUGAGGGUCAUAUGCUGAAAAAUAUGGGUUCCAUCCGCUACCAGCAUCUUAUGACAAUUAAUGCAAGUAACCGUUUACUGCUCACAGGUACACCAGUGCAGAAUAAUCUAUUAGAACUUAUGUCACUCUUGAAUUUUGUUAUGCCACACAUGUUCAGUAGCAGUACCAGUGAAAUACGAAGAAUGUUUUCUUCUAAAACAAAGUCUGCAGAUGAACAAAGUAUAUAUGAAAAAGAGAGGAUAGCACAUGCAAAACAAAUUAUAAAACCAUUUAUUCUCAGAAGAGUAAAAGAAGAGGUUCUCAAACAACUGCCUCCCAAGAAAGAUCGAAUUGAGUUGUGUCCAAUGUCAGAAAAGCAAGAACAGCUUUAUCUGGGUCUUUUCAACAGAAUGAAAACGUCCAUCAAUAACCUGGAAAAAAACACAGAAAUGUGCAAUGUCAUGAUGCAGUUGAGAAAAAUGGCCAAUCACCCUUUAUUACAUCGCCAGUAUUACACACCUGAAAAACUCAGAGAAAUGUCCCAGCUUAUGCUAAAGGAACCUACACAUUGUGAGGCUAACCCUGACCUGAUUUUUGAAGAUAUGGAGGUUAUGACAGACUUUGAAUUAAAUGUUCUUUGUAAACAGUAUCGACACAUUAAUAACUUCCAGUUAGACAUGGAUUUGAUUUUAGAUUCUGGAAAAUUUCAAGUUUUAGGAUGCAUCUUGUCCGAAUUGAAACAGAAGGGUGAUCGAGUGGUAUUAUUUAGCCAAUUUACCAUGAUGCUGGAUAUAUUAGAGGUUCUUCUAAAACACCAUCAGCACAGGUAUCUCCGAUUAGAUGGGAAGACCCAGAUAUCAGAAAGAAUUCAUCUAAUUGAUGAGUUUAACACCGAUAUGGAUAUAUUUGUGUUUCUGCUGUCAACAAAAGCUGGUGGCCUAGGAAUAAACCUGACUUCAGCUAAUGUCGUUAUACUUCACGAUAUUGAUUGUAAUCCUUACAAUGACAAACAAGCAGAAGACAGAUGCCAUAGAGUUGGCCAGACAAAAGAAGUACUAGUUAUAAAAUUAAUAAGCCAAGGGACAAUUGAAGAAUCCAUGCUAAAAAUUAACCAGCAAAAGUUGAAACUAGAACAAGAUAUGACUACUGUUGAUGAAGGUGAUGAAGGGAGUAUGCCAGCAGAUAUAGCCACGUUACUCAAAACAUCAAUGGGCCUCUGAAGAGCAAGCGAUUCCUAAUUAAGGAAAUGAUCAACUUGGUGCAUUCAAGGACAUCUGCAUUACGACCACGGGGUUAAUGAGCAUUUAUAACUUUUAUAGUUUACAUAUUGCAUUUCUCAUAGUACGGACAACUUUUUUGCCACUAACUGAAUUCUCCAAGUGCUCACUAAGAAUUUGGGGGAAAAAAGAAACAAAACCCAGAAUUACGUAGUACUGAAGAUGUUGAAUAAUCAUUUUGCAAACAGUUUUCUGAAUGGGGAUUAGUUGGUGGUUGUUUGUAACAAAUAUGCUAAUGCUUUAGAAAUGUCAGUAUUUUUGUAAUUAUUUCUACCUCCAAAUAUAUAUAUAUAUUGUCUUUCACUGGAUAAUGUGUGUAGAUUUUUACAUGUGCCUUAUUUGACAAUGCUUAUGUCUUGAUUUUGCUUGUCUCAUUUGAAGUUCCUGUUUAUUAGUUUGAAGAAUGCAAAUGUAUAGAUCAUCCCUUUCAUUUUACUGCUGUUUGAAGCAGAUGCUCACCACUGUCAACAAGAACUCAACAUGAAUUUAAAGGUGGCGUACCAUAUGCUAACACCCCCAGGUCCUUCCAAGUACUUUAGUUAAAACACAUUUGUUUGACUAGGCACUAAGUUGUUUUCCAGUGGAUAGUAAAUGAAGCAGCCCUUGAUCCAUGAAUAAUUUCCUUCCAUUCAUUUUCCAGAUAUACUGAUGGUGCUUCUUAAAGCUCUGUCUGUUCUUGUGCAUGCUUUCAUUGCUUUCGCUCUCCUGGCUUUUGCUUCUUUCUCUUGAAGCUCUCGCAGUCACUGCUCCAGUCCUCCCUACUUUUAAGUAAUUCGUUUCUGCCACAUCUCCAUGUCAGCAUAGCAGUGACA